UUGGGGGUGGCGGUGGCGACGGUGGCAGCGGGGGCGACUACUCCAAGUUUCCCUCCAAACCUGGCAGGUUUUGGACCAACUCCAGUGCUUAGACCACGUCCCACACCGAUCAUUUGGUUGCUGGAACACCCGAAGGCGGCUGAUGUGACCUCCUUCGAAUUCGGGUCCGAAAAGAUGGUGCGAAAGCUUUUGGGCCCUUUUUGGACCUGCACACGCCAUGCAACAGACCAUGCAACAGACCAAUCUCAUGGUUUUUUGCAGUGUUUGAUUCGUUGUGAAGGAAGCAACAUGGCUGCAAACAUGUUGUUGGACCAAGCGAAGACGGUGUCCUUUACCGCAGGUCCAAUUUGGCUCAGGGAUCUCUGGCGAAGCAGGGGCGUGGUGUAGGCGCCAUGGGAAUUGGUCGUGACUCGCGUCACAAGCACUACAAGACCGGCGGAAGGUCCAAGACCUCGAUCAAGAAGAGGAAAUAUGAAAUGGGCCGCCCGGCCACUCCUUGCAAACUCGGUGUGAAGCGCAUCCGCUCCGUGCGCGGGCGGGGCGGCAACAUGAAGUACCGGGCCCUGCGACUGGAUGCCGGGAACUACGCCUGGGGGUCGGAGAACGUCGCCAAGAAGGUGAGGAUUCUCGACGUGGUCUACAACGCGACCAGCAAUGAGUUGGUGCGCACCAAGACGCUUCUGAAGAACACCGUGGUGCAGAUUGAUGCGCAUCCCUUCAUGCAAUUCUACCUGAAGAAAUAUGGCCAAGACCUUGGCAAGAAGAAGAAAGGAGCUGCAGCAGGCGACAAGACAGAGAAGGACGAGGCCAAGGUCUCACGUCACGUGCUCUUCAAGCAGAAGGCUCGCGCCUCCAGGCAGAAGUUGGAUCCUGUCUUAGAGGAGCAGUUCCAGAGUGGUCGACUCUUGGCCUGCAUCGCCUCCCGCCCCGGCCAGUGCGGCCGCGCCGAUGGCUACGUCCUCGAGGGCGAGGAGCUCAGCUUCUACAAGCGAAAGCUGGAGAAGAAGAAGAAGAAGAACUGAGAGCGCAGCCCUCCACCUGCGCCGUCUCAGCGCAGACUGGUAGACUUCGCGCUCUUUUUCACCAUAGCCACAGGUAGACUUCGCCAGAGAAAAG